GAGAAAGUCUUGGUGUCAGCACCAGCAAUGGAGGAAGAAUGAGGAUGUGACUCUUUCCUUCUUCUUCUCGGUCAGAGAUUACUGGUCACUGUAGGCAGCACAACCUAUAGAUUUGUCCAGAGCAGAGCCUACAGACAGAGAGAACCUCAAUCAUGUUGCUGGGAACUGGGACCAUUUUCCUGACCCUGCUCACUUGGGUGGAGGGUUCAGAAUUUACAUGCAACACAGCAAUGCCAGGUAUGCCAGGUAUACCAGGAAUCCCAGGCAGAGAUGGACGGGAUGGGAGGAAAGGAGCAAAAGGAGAUAGAGGAGUUCCAGCCAUCUCGAACAUAUCCAAUCUUAAAGGUGAAAAAGGAAUUAAAGGCCCCCCAGGCCCAAUAGGAAAAAAUGGUCCAAAGGGACCACCUGGUCCUCCAGGAGAAAAAGGUGAGCUAGGCGCCGCUGGGGAUAAUGGAAUGCCAGGCAACCACAAGCGCGAGUAUCAAUCAGCUUUUACAAUGGCAAGAUCAACAGAAAGCUAUCCUACAAAAAACACACCCAUCAUAUUCAACAGAGUCAUCACCAAUGACCACCAGGACUACAACAUCACCUCAGGGACCUUUGUGUGCCGGAUCCCUGGACUGUAUUAUUUUGUGUAUCAUGCCUCACAUUCCUCCAAUCUUUGUGUCUCUCUUUUUGCAGCCAAUCAGAAAAAGGCCAGCUUUUGUGACCACAUGUCCAACAUUAAGCAGGUCACAUCAGGAGGGGUACUGGUCGAGCUGAAGAUAGACCAAGAGGUGUGGUUAUCUGUAAAUGAUUACAAUGGCAUGAUCGGGAUUGAGGAUAAUGACAGCGUUUUCUCAGGGUUCCUUGUAUUUCCAGAUUAAAGCUUUAUCUGAGAAUGUCCACCACAAUGGGGCUUUUGUCCAGCUCAAUGUAAUCACAAAUUAGUUGGUCAGUAGGCUAAGGCUGGCCCUAUGCAUUAUGUAAUUGUUGAGUGUUAAGCCAACAGCAAUUUCUCACUGUGGUUGGGGGUUGUCACAUAAACAUGUUUAUGAGGUUGAUAGAGUAAGCCACUUCCAGGCCAAUCUGUAUCCCUUGAACUCCUGUAUCCCAUUCAGAAGACUCUGCCUCCCUCUGCACCCUUUUUGACCCUUCUUUAUGCCCUCCGGACUCCUCUGUCACCACCAGAACCCUCUGCUCCUCCAAACCCCUCUUGAGACUACUAUGUCCCAAUUCAGACUCUUCUGUCUUCUCUCUAGGUUCUACUUAUACCCCUUUUGCACACUCUGUCCCCACUCCAGACUCUUAUGUCUCCCUUCAGACCCCUCUGUCAUUUCUUGAACUCUUUGCCCCCCUCCAGACCCCUAUGUCACCUUCAGACACUUGUGUCUCCUCUCAAAACCCCUCUGUCACUUUCAUAUCCUUCUCUCUCUCCUUUGGGCCCUUCUAUGCCCCCUCUAGACCAUUCUUCUCCAUGCUCAUUUGUACUCCUCCAGACCCCUCUACAUUCUACUCCAUAUUAUCUAGACCCUCUCCAGACACUUCUCUCCCUUCCCCAGACCCAUCUGUUCCCUCCAGACCCCAAGGUCUCCAUUCCAGACCUCACUGCCCCCCCUGUAAAUGAUCACAUGCUCUUUUUGAUCCCAACCUUCAUUACAUAUUUUCUGGAUGCACCCAAUCCCCAUAAACCAAGGGUGCAUUCAUAAUGUGCUCACGAUUAUUACCUCUAACCACUUUCUGGGACCACCACUGCUACCAGCUUUGCUAUUGUUACAGGACUAAUUGUAGCCUUUAUUUCCAGUUUGCUAUCGAUUGUAGCUUCUCUAUGCAUAUUUACCGGUAGUCAUUUAGUGUUCCGAUCAAAUAAUCACCAUGACCUAGAAGAUGA